AUGCGAUGUCGGGCAGGACGGAUGGUAUUUCGGGCUGGAGUGCUGCUGGCCAUAGUCGCUCUGUCAAGCAGAACGCUGAUUGAGUGCUUCUCCCGAAUAGCCACCACUCGGCGUCCGGAAGGCUCCACAGAAACGGAAGCAGAUCAGGCCUUGGCGCCUGCUGCAGCUGCCUGGCUUCGAGCAGCCCGCAGCACAGCGGAAGGUCGCAAAGACAGCGCGGCCUACUGGGAGGUCGCCUGGGAGACGACAGAGGCCUGGUGGCUACGUCCGAUUGCCUUCACUGUGUCUGCCUUAGCGACCUUUGGAGCCAUCCUUCAAAAUCCAGACCGCUUUCGGCGCAGCGUGCAGCCGGAGCCUGUGGAGAACAUGGAGGCGCUGCAGGAAGCGCUGGAACAGGCCCGCAAGGACAGUGCUGACGUCAAGGCACGCAAAGCCUUGAACGGCCUCCAGCGGAUGGAGCUGCCGUUCUUCGGAACAUCCUCGAGUUGGUCGAACCGCUUGGACGGUGUGGUGGUGUCUGGCAACCCAAGAGAGGGGGCUAUCCAGAACUGGCAGGCUUCGGAAGCAGUUCUACGCCAAAGUGUGGAAAAGGAGUUGGGCUACCCGGUUGUCCUACACCUCCUACGAACGAAGGAGCAGGAGAAUGAAGGGCCCCUUUCCAGGCCUUAUGAACUUCUGGUCCGUGAUGCCACGGAAACUUCCCGAGUGACAGAUGCCAUGAUGGCGCCUCUCUCGCUAGCACUCGUCUGGUGGUGCAGCACGCAACUCGACAGCAACCCUUCGCUGCAGCAGCUGGGAGCAGUGAUCCAGCCCGGCUCGUCAGCCCCGUGGAUCCUCAUGCUGGUCUUGCUCUUGGUGGGAGAAGUCGCGCGCACGGUCGUCGCAAGCCUGAACAGUACCAGCGUAGGCCCAAGGACGUUCCUCCCAUCGCCGCAGUUUGGCCUCAUCGGGGUUUUCGCACCCGCGGCCACUGCUAGCCCCAAUCGCUCCGCAGCAUUGGCCAUUUCCCUUGCGGCCCCCGCGGCUGUCACGGUGGCAUCGCUGUUGCUGUCUCUUGGGGCAGAUCUUUCCCCUGAUAUGGUGGCACUCAAGCACAGCACCCUCGCGGGAUGUGGUCCUCUGGCCUUCCUACCGGAGGAGACCAGCGCUGUCAGGUUUGCAGCAAUGCAAGGUUUGCUGAUGUCUGCCUUGGCGCUCCUUCCACAGAGUCCAGAUGGACGUGCAGCCUGGUCCGUGCUGCUGGGUCGAGAGAAGGCGAAGCAGCUGGCAGACAACGCCAGCUAUGUCUACCCACUUCUGGGCGUCUUGUCAAUGUGGUGCUUCGGAAGCGGCUUCCUGUCGCUGCCCUUCACUUGGGCCCUUCUGCUUACAAAUCUAAAUCCGGAGCAGCCACCGCCGCCCUUGGAGGAGUGCUGCUUUUCGGCCGUGGGGAGUCUUUGGCAGCCUAGUGAGCUCAUCCGAAUUGGCAGUGCCUUGAUUUCUAGACGAGCUCUGCUGCCCUCCCGUCCUUGCUGCUGUUCGCUCCGUGCCCUGCUGCGUGGUUUGCUUCUUUCCUGGUUUUUUCAGCUUUGUUCAUCGUGGUGUGAACGACAUUAUGCGGAUUAA